UGGACAAAUAUACACAUAUUUUGAUUGGUGUAGCUCUGUAAAACUUAUCCAAAACACAUGUCCUCUUUUACCAGCAGAGGUCCUAGUAACGGAUGCAGUCUUUAUGAAAAAGAAUUCACAUGGAUAUCCAUAUAAUACUAAAGACUGUUACAAAUCCAUAGGUUUUCUGAACACGCACCCUAAUCGCUUUCACCCUGUGUGGCUAAGUAUUUCAUGAAAUUUCGGCGCAUAAAGUGCCUAGAAUUCAACGUUGUGGAUUGUUAUCGAUAAGCAACGUGAUUAAUGUCAGGCAUUGCAAUUGCUAGACUCGCCGAAGAGCGAAAAGCAUGGAGGAAAGAUCAUCCUUUCGGAUUUGUAGCACGACCAGUUAAAAAUCAAGAUGGAUCUCUUAACUUGAUGAAUUGGGAAUGUGCCAUACCAGGCAAAAAAUCUACACCAUGGGAAGGUGGAUUAUAUAAACUACGUAUGAUUUUUAAAGAUGACUAUCCCUCCAGUCCACCAAAAUGUAAAUUUGAACCUCCUUUAUUUCACCCAAAUGUGUAUCCUUCAGGAACAGUAUGUUUAUCACUCUUAGAUGAAGAGAAAGAUUGGAGACCUGCCAUUACAAUUAAACAAAUCCUACUUGGUAUACAAGAUUUAUUAAAUGAACCUAAUGUCAAAGAUCCAGCUCAAGCAGAAGCAUAUACAAUAUAUUGUCAAAAUCGCUUGGAGUAUGAAAAACGCGUAAGAGCUCAAGCCAGAGCAAUGGCUCCGCAGGAAUAAAAUUAUAUUAAGUUUCAUGAAAUUCAAAUAUUCCAAUUACAUGAAGAGGUUAUCAUAUAUCUAUAGUAUAUUCUAAUGAUCUAUAUUUCUUAUCUUUUUUAUAAGUAAUAUUAGCAUAUGAUGUAGCUAAUUUACUAUUAUUUGCAUUUUUGUUUUUGUUGACAAAAUUCUUAUGUGUAUACAUAUUCUUUAGAAACACAUUAAUCUCAUUAAGAUAUAAAAAGGUAUUCUAUAAUUCUGAUGAAAGAUAUUACUGAAAAAUUUUACAUAAUUACAUGAUAUCACAAUAAAUUAUAUGUUAUUACUUAUUUGUAAAAUGUGGGAAGCAUUUCUUUUUUAAGUUAAAAAAAUUUAAUUCUUAAGAUUUAGUGACAAUUAUUGAUAAGUCGUGAAAAUAAGAUAUGUAAGAAAAUGAAAAAAAGUGAUAUAGUUUCAAAACAUCUAUUCAUUCUGCAGGUUUUAAACUGUAAUAUCUUAAAAAAAAAAAAGAAAAAAAAAGAAAAAAAAAUGUAUUUAAAAAUCUCAUAAGCAUUGUACAAAUCGUAAAAUAAAGUAUUCCAAUUA